CAGUUACCUAAGAAAAUCCUCUCUCUCCAGAUGAUGCAAGUGACACUCUCCAAAGAGAAGAUGAAGACAUGGAUGGGGAGGGCAGCUCCGCCCUGGCCGACAACGUGAAAAUCGAAAUAAUCGAUGACGAGGAUGAGGAGGAAGAUAACGACGAUGAAGUGAUUGGUCCAGACGUGGACCUGGUGCACAGCCAGCUGGAAUUCAAGCAAGAAGAAGUCCGGUAUCUCGAAAGCGAGCUAGAGAACCAAAAACAGAAGUAUUACAAGCUACAGAUGUUCACGAAGAACCUGCUGAGCGCCGUGAAGAACAUGGACCAGGAGAAACAGCAGGUGGGAACCUUUUCCCGGGCCCUUGACCAGUGUGGGGUCACGGUGACUAGGCAGGGGGACACCCUGGGCAGGAUGCCUGUCUGUUUCAGGGCACAAAUGCAUUAUGGGUAAUUUGGAAAAUACCUGCCAAAGAAAUGAUGUCAUACGAAUGGAUUAUGUAACUGUUUUGCCUAUAUUUAAGUGGCCUAUGAUUACAAUAGCAGACAUCCCACCUGUCUCGAAAUUUCCGGGAGUCUUCCGGAAAUUGACGGCAGCUCCCUGACACCCGCGAAUGAUGUGCAGCGCGCCGGAAAUCUGUCAU